AUGUAGAUUAAAAAUCUAUUAAUAUUUGCAAUUUGUUACAGUGUUUUUAGUAAUGAGAAUCUGAAAUUUAAUUGCUCUAAUAUAACAGACAUAACUUAAUGUUAAAAAGAUUCAAACUUUUGUAAUUAUUUACAUCAAAUAUUUUAGGCUAUAUAGUUGAAGCAAAUGUACCUUAUUUAUCAGCUGAAAAUAAAGUUGAAGGUGUAAUUCUUGAUAAAGUAAAUGAUAAAUGCAUGGUAAUAAAUGAUAAUAUUAGAGAACUUGAAUUUUUUCACAGUUUGUGAUUAAUUAUAUACUGAAAAAUCAUGUAAAUUAGGAACUUGUUUAUGGGAUCCAAUUGAAGAGAGAUGCUAUGUAUAAAAUUAUUAUUCUAUAUAUAAGCCAUGGAUUUCAGCUCCUUGUUAGAGUUAUCCAAAAGAAUUUUGUUAAUGGAAUCCCUAAUGUGAAUUAUUAAAUCAUACUCAAAUUCUAUAUCUGAAUUAGAAUUAUACUUUAAUGAAUAAUGUUGAUAGUUAUUAAUAAGAUGGAAGAAAAAUAGGUACAUGGUUAUAUGAAUUUGGAUAAAUAAUAAAUGUUAUUAAGAGUGAAGUAGAUAAAGAGGAAUAUAUAUUUACAAAAUGUACAUAGAAAAUUAGAUGUGAAUUUAUUUAGAUUAAUAAUUUUAAUAAUGCUGAUUAUGAAUGCAGUAUAUCAGAAUUAAAUUGUUAUUAUGAUGAGUAGGAAGGUAAAUGCAAAAAAAUAAGUGCAUUAACAUAAUGUGAAUUAAUUAAAUGGGAAUCUAAAUGUAAUAGUGGAACUGCACCAUGUAUAUGGAUUAAUAGAAAAUGUUAAAUGUACGAUAAUACUAUGGUUUCUUGUAGUUAACUUGAUUAAAAUAGAUGUUUAAAUAAUGAAAAUUGUUAUCUUGAAGAAUCUACAUGUAAAUCUUAUUUAAGUUGUGCUGAUUUAAAAAUUAAAAGUUCAUGUGAUACUUCAAAUUUCUUUUGUUAUUUUGAUGAAUAUGAAUAAUAAUGUAAAUAAUUAACAAAACAUAUUUAAUGUAAAAAGAUUGGUAAAUAGAAUUGUGAAAUAUUUAAAAAUUGUGUAUUUAAUGAAGAUGCAUAAUUAUGUGAAGAACUUCUUGAAGAUUUUUAUUGUUAAUAAUUUGUAUAAUCAGAUUGUAUAAAUACUAAUGCUUUAAGUAAAGAUUGUAUUUGGAAUAAUAAUUUAUAAAUUUGUAAUUGGAAUUAUGCAACUUAAAAUUGUUAUGGUAAAACAGCAGAUAAUUGUGAUACUUUAGAUUGUUAUUAUGAUGAAGUAAUGACAUAAUGUUCUAUUAUAUAAAGAAAUACAAAUUGUGAAUUUUUAGGUUAAAAUGCUUGUAAUAAUGAAAAGAUUAAAAAAUAAAAUAUGUGUUAAUGGUCUAAUAUUAGAAAUUUAUGUUUAUCUAUUUUUGAUUUUGGUUGUGAAGAUUUAGAUUAAGAUUUUUGUAAACUUAAUCAUAAAUGUUAUAUUGUUUAAAAUAAAUGUAAUACAAGAAAAUAAUGCAAAGAUAAUACAUCAAUUAUAGAAUGCUAACAAGAUACAUAACAAUAUUGUUAUUUUGAUUAUGAUUAAUAAGCAUGCAGAAGAGUUACAACCUAAACUCUUUGUAAUCUCAUAUUUAGAGAAGAUUCUUGUAAAUAAGCCAUUUGUUCAUGGUAAAAGGGUAAAUGUGAAAGUGUUGAAAAUGUAAGCUGUUCACAAUUAGAAAUUAAAAAUUGCAAGUUUUCUAGCAAAUGUUUACUAUAAAAUAAUUAAUGUAUUCCAUUAGAUAUUUGUGAAACAAAUAAUGGAAAUAAAUCAACUUGUAAUUCAGAUCCUAAUCAUUGCUUUUAUAAUACAGAUACAUAAAAAUGUAAAUCCAUUGAUGGAAAUAGUAAUUGUAGUUCCUUAUAUGGAGCAGAUAAUUGCAUUUAUGGUCCAUGUAUAUAUUAUUUAUAUAUUAGGUACUUUAUUGCGUUUGUCAAAUAACAAAUUAUAGUGUAUCAAAUAUGAAUAUGCUGAUUGUGUUUUAUUGAAAAAAGAGUAAUGUAAUUUUGGAUAAUGUGCUUGGAAUGUGACUUAAUGUGUUCCAUAUCCUGUUAUUAUAGAAGAUUAACCUAAAGAUAAUCCUGAUGCUAAACCAGACGAAGAUGUUAAAGUCAAUGUAGAAGACUAUUCAAAAUACUUACAUAUUCUAUUAAAUCUAUUGAUAAUCAUUUUAGAUUGA